AUGGAUGUAGGAGAAACCAAUCAUGUUGACGAGAAUCUUGACAUCGAGAAAACAAAUGGUCUUGGUUUUUUUAGUGAAGUUCGUGAAAAACUGUACGACAUAAUCAGUAAUAAGCUUGAGCCACUAUCACAAAUAAAGUUUGCAGCUUACCGUGUCGCUGGUAAAUUACGAGUAUUACAAAAGUAUUUGAAAUUAACAUACGUUGAUUAUAAUGUUCUUGUUCGUGCUUUCAACACUCAUAAACUACAAUUUGGUGAAGCAGGCACAAUAAAACAAGACGAAGCAAGAAAAGUAUUAUGUGCCAUUUAUCAGUUAUUAUCCCCAUAUCAUUUUAAUGAAUCAAGUAUAGAUGAAAUAAUUGAUACAUUGCUGGAAAUAAUGAAGAACAUACUAGACGCAAAAUCACAAGAUUAUUUCGAUGUGAAUGCAUUUAAAAUUAUUCUAUUUGCUUUGUCCAAUGCAAAGUUGCCUGAAAAAUAUCGAUGUUUCUUUCGUCAAGUUACACAUCCGAAUGUAAUUGCUUCGCAAGGCAAAUUAACAGAAUUAUUCGAAAUACUUUUAAAAUUACCAAACUAUUUUGAUAAGGUUGAUCCAUUUCAUUACGACAAUAUUCCAGCCUGUGUGCAAAGCUGUCUCGAUCAUACACACGAUGGUAUUGUACGAGAAGAUAUCUUUGUUAACUGGAUGGGACGUGAACCACAAACUCUCGUGUGGCUUCCAACAAUGCAUCGUUUAAUCGCAACAGAAACAGUAAGACAUGAAGCAAGAUGUGACACAUGUAAAGCUUAUCCAAUCAUUGGCAUGCGGUAUGUAAUUUGCCGAGAAAGAUAUCGUUGCUUACGUUGUUUUAAUUAUGAUUUAUGUCAAAAAUGUUUUUUUACUGGAACGCACGCACGAACACACGACGGUUCACAUCCGAUAGAAGAAUAUUGCAAACAAGUGACACCGUUUGAAGAUCUAAAAGCGUUUUAUGAAUUUGUCAAACUGAAAUUUGGAAAUCGAGAAGUCAAGCGAAAAGAACGUUAUUUAACGAUUGAACGUUCAAAAUCAUUUUGCGAUACUCCAAGUUCAUCAGCGAAUAGUUCAAGUCACCUAAUGAAUGGCAAUGGCAAUGGUAAUACAAUGCUUCGACAAGAUAAUUCUACAAGAAAAAUCUUAUUGAAUGAAAUAUACAAACCGAUACCUAAAAGUGACACAAUGGCAACAACAUUGUCACAUCCAUCGGAUCAAAAUGAACAAGUUUUGCCAUUAGUUUAUCCGAGUGGUUAUGAUAAUGUACCAGAAAAUCAAACUGGUGGAAAAAAGUUAUCACCAUUAAAGAAAAAAUUGAUAUUUGAUGAACCAUUAUUGAAAAAGGAACAAGAAGAUAUGAAAACAAAAGGAAAUAAAAAUAAUUAUAUGAAUCUUAAUGGAAACAUGAAUAACAAGAAAAUUGACUAUGCUAUGAUUAAUAAAAAACAAAACAUUCCUCAUGAAAUACUCAUUAAUGGCGCACCAGUCAUCCUACCAAAACAACAUUUGCCAACAAGGAAAAAUUCAUCAAAAAAUAUCGAAGAACAUUUAUUAUUAACAGAUCACUAUAAACUACCACCUAUUGAUAAAUCAGGAAAAGACGAAGACGAAGAUGAUGGACCACCGUUACCACCGAAACAACGACAAAAUUCAUCAAGAGCAUUAGUCUACGAUUUUAUUGGCAGUGAACUGCAAGAACUAAGAGCAACAUUAGCUCAGUUUGAGGAUAACAGUUUGAGUACGUGA